GUUGGAACGGCCGGCGUGAUCAAAGUGCAGGAUCGCUCUCCCGCCUCGUUGCGUUGUGCCUGCUUCCUGCCUGCCUGCAGGCCAGGUUCUCGCCCGUUCUCGUUGCGACACUCUAUACAUCUCUUUGCUUGCUUCUCGACGUCCACUCCCACUAGCCCCGACGUACUGUACGCUGCUCGCUCGCUCUUCCGUAACGCGCUGCGCUCGUGAAUCUCUGUCUGUGUUCGGCGUCGAGGCAGGUCGUUUCUAAUCCGCUCGACCAGCUACUAGAAUAUAUCCGCUUCUGCUUCUGCACGCGUCACGCCCGGUCUCUCUAAAAAAGAUAACAAGCUAUCUCGAGGUCUGCACGCACGGCCCCAACGUCGAACUUGAACUAGCUUCAGAGUCUUCCGCUCCGCAAAUUGAAGGAUCAGCGACCCCAGCCGACCGGGCUCUAGAGCUUCAGCUCCGAGAUCAGGAGGCGAUCGUUAUAGCCUUCGCUGCGGCCCAAAAACGAAAAUACGACCCCAGGAGAGAGUUUCAUUCUUCUGACAACGGACGCUUUGUCCUCCUUGAACGACCCCCCGCGGGAUGAAACAGCUCCUCCGCAAACGCACGACGUCGACGUCCUCGCCGUCGACCUCGACCUCGCACUCCCAGCCGUCCAUUCCCGUUUCCGCGCCCGGUCCCGUAUCCGCCCCGGCCCCCCUCGCGCCUGCGCCCGCGAGCCCGACUGCGCCCUCGACCCCGCUGUAUGCGCGCUUCGCGACAGCGCACCGCGGGCAGGACAAGCCGGCCGUGUCCGGGCCCAUCGCGCUCGCCCCGCGGAGAGGCGGUCAGGCUCCUCCGCAGUUCAAUGGGCUUGCCCCUGGGCCGGUUGCGCGGGGGCCGUCGGCGAGGAAGGAGGAGGUAGGGAGAGAGGAGAGGGCUGUGGAGAGGCCGUAUGGGCAUGAGGUGCGGGAUAGAGAGAGGGAGAGGGAGAAGGAGACACGGGGAGAGAAGGAGCGGGAGGUGAAGCGGAUGCCGAGCGGUGGGGAGGCGCUGGAGGGGAGGAGCGGGGGAAGGGCGGAGGGCGAGCGCGUGCUCUUGCCUGCACGCAAAGUGGCGGGGAAGAGGGCGGAGGGCAGGGGAGAGGACGCAGGUGGAGACGGACGAACAAUGAGGGAGGGUGCGGAGGAGCGCACGAAGAGGGACGUCUCGCCCCAGAAGCGGGUUGGGCUGGAGGAAUCCCUUGGCUCUCCAGGCGAAAGAGUCUUGUUGCCUGCCCGCAAGGUGGCGCGAAGGGGGGCGGAGGAGGUUAGGGCUGAGCUGCGCGAAGGGCGACCGAGGGGAGCGGGGAGCAGGGAAGCGUCCCCAGUUAAGGAGAGCGACCCAGAGAGGAGCACCGGGCGGGCGGAGGCCCCGCGCGUGGAGGGCGAGCGCGUCCUUCUGCCCGCGCGGAAGGUAGCUCGCAAGAAGGCCGAGGUCGAGCGAGGUGGAGAAGAGUCGUCUUCAGCGGAAGAGCGGCGAACACGCGAAACGCACGAGGCGCCUUCGCUCGUCUCGUUUCCAUCAUCGAGUCCCACGCACCUGGGUUCUGCUUCGACGAGAGCCGUCGUGAUCAACCCUUCGUCUGACUCGGAGGGAUGGGAAGACAAGUUCUCAACGCCAAAACGUCUGCGCCUCAAGGCGUCCUCGUCAUCGACGCCUGCAGAAUCUCCGCAACCGCCUCUGGAGCUCUCUCAUCCAUCAGACGCUUCGACAAAGGCUCACAAGUCGACCGCGAACUCGUCGACGGUCUCCAGUGCCACAGCGAGCACUCAGCCGUCCUCGGGCUCCAGUUCGACUCCCCGCGACACGGACGACCGGCCGCGCGUAGUAGGAGACCGGGUGCUCCUGCCGGCUCGGAAGCUGGCGCACCGUCGUGCGGAGAGCACCAGCGAGAGCGGCCCUCCGUCAGGACGAGGAAGGACGGUCAGCACGAAGCGGCACGCACGGCUGUCGCGGGACGUUGGCUCGGACGUCUCUGCGGCCACCUCUUCAGUCCCCUUCGGCGGGUCGGCGGUUUCUGCCGCGUCUCGUCCUGGCGCGGAUGGGGCGGGGUCUGACGGCGCGGUGCCUCAACCUGGACGGGUGCUGGACUCCGCUACGAGCGCCACGCCGCCCGACUCGGGCUCUGCUACCCAGCGUACGGGGACGACAUCGAAUGUGGGCAGUAGUGCGAUCGAUGCCAAGUCCGGCUGUGUAACUGCGUCUGCAGCUGCGCAGUCUUCGUUGGGACACGCCAACGCAUCGGACGCUCCGACGAGUGCCGAGGACUCUCCGUCUCAGCCGGUCAACGGCGUUCCCUCUGUGACGAAGGCAGAGGCAUCGCAUGCGUCUACGAGCACUGCUGAGACAAGUGGGCGGCCGCCCCGGCGGAGGAAAUACUCGUUGUUGGCGGCAUUUGGGUUACCGUCGACUCGGACUGCGUCAGACCCGGAAACAAGCAGCGGGCCAAUCACGCAGAACACGAAGGUACGGGAAAGCUUUCAUUUGCUGUGGCGGAUGGAAUUGUGCCUGCCGCUCGAAAUUCUUGUAACCUAUGACGUAGGCGGAGGUUGUGUUGCACACUGAGCGGGAGCGGGACGCGGAGGGCUGAGGGCACGAUGACGUCUGCAGCGAGUAUUAAAAGCGCGUUUGCGACGCGUCGCGUUGCUUCGCUCAUGAACUGGGCCGCCGCUACACACGUUCUCUUCCGUCACGUGGGCGCGUUGAUCGAGCCACGAGUUGUCUUCUUCGCAUUUCCGUGUAUUCUCCCACCUUCGCCCUUGUAUUUAUCU